AUGUUUUUGAUAGUUUCUUUGCUCAUUUUACCAUCCCAUGUGCCAGCUCUUGAUGCUUGCCCUAAAUGUGGCAGCAUGAAUGUUCCUUACCCACUUAGCAUAGGUGAUAAUUGUGGAAACCCUAGGUACAGAAUCUAUUGCAACAACGGUACUCUAGAGUUCUUGUCAGCUCAAGGGUUAUACUAUAGGAUCCUUAGUAUCAAUCCUAGUGCUCAUAAGCUUGUCAUAAGCCCUCCCAUGAUAGUGAAAAACACAUGCUGUUCCUCUGAUCUUGCCCUAGGAGGAUUAAGGCUCGACGAGAACUUGCCGUUCAACAUAUCCACUCGAAACACUGUUAUGUUAUUCAACUGCUCUGAUAACAUUCUUCUGUCACCAUUGAAUUGUUCGUCCACCAGCUACUGUAGGCAGUAUGAGGAGGUAGAAGAGGGAAGUGGAUGCAAAGGUACUCUUUGCUGCCACUUCUUGAAAGAUACAUCAAUGACUUCACAUAUGAUUAGGGUUAGGGUUGGAGGGUGCACUGCUUACACUUCUGUUGUGAACAUCAAACCUGAGGAUCCCGUCGAUACAUGGAACUAUGGAAUUGAGCUGCAAUGGCUGCCUCCAUUCUAG